AUGCUGGAGAGUAAUUAUACCAUGCCAACUGAGUUCAUAUUUGUUGGAUUCACAGAUUAUCAGCCUUUCAGACCAUCUGUAAUCACACUAUUCUUGGUCUUUCUCAUAGUAUAUACCUUAACUGUGGUGGGAAAUACGGGCUUAAUCAUCCUAGUUAAUAUCAAUUCAAGCCUUCAAACCCCCAUGUACUAUUUGCUUAGCAACUUGUCUUUCUUAGACAUCAGUUAUUCUACAGCAAUUACUCCUAAAAUGCUGGUAAAUUUCUUAGCGUCCAGGAAGAGCAUCUCCUUCUAUGGCUGUGUACUGCAAAUGUUUUUCUUUGCUUGUUUUCCUGAUGCCGAGUGCCUUAUCCUGGCAGCAAUGGCAUAUGAUCGCUAUGCAGCCAUCUGUAAACCAUUGCUCUAUUCCACACUGAUGUCUAGGAGAGUAUGUAACUGCUUCAUUGUGUUGGCAUAUUUAGGUGGAACCAUGACUUCAAUGGUCCAUGUCUGCUUCACAUUCAGGCUGCCCUUUUGUGGCUCCAAUAUUGUCAACCAUUUUUUCUGUGACAUCCCGCCUCUCCUGGCUUUAUCAUGUGCAGAUACCAAUAUCAACGAGCUUCUGCUCUUUGCCUUGUGUGGCUUCAUCCAGACCAGCACUUUUGUGGUCAUAUUUAUCUCUUACUUCUGCAUCCUCAUCACUGUUUUGAGCAUCAAGUCCUCAGGCGGCAGAAGCAAAACAUUCUGUACCUGUGCUUCCCUUCUCACAGGAGUCACCUUAUUCUAUGGAGCCCUCCUGUUUACGUACUUACGCCCCACCACCGAUUACUCUCCUGACACUGAUAAGGUGGUUGCACUGUUUUAUACUGUUUUCUUUCUCAUGUUUAACCCAAUAAUCUACAGCUUCAGAAACAAGGAUGUAAAAGAAGCACUCAACAAGCUAUUAGAAAGAAACUGGAUUUUCAAAUGA